AUGGACCACAGGGCGGGGCCUAUGAGGAACGGGAAAAAAGACAUUCCGACACACGAGCCGUUUUCUGGCACUGACUUCACAGGCUCACCCCAGCUUCUUGCUCGCCUGGCUCGCCUCUGCUAUGCCCUGCUGUUGCUGCAGGCUUCACCACCCCUUCGUCCUCUUGGCCACUCUUACCUGCAGCGAGACCCCGUGGACCUGCAGGAGUAG